AUGGAUAGCAGCAGCUCACCAAAUUACAAAGAGCUCUUUUUGAGGGCUGAGGCGGAACGCCAGCGGGAAGCAGAGCUAAGGAAGCAAGCAGAGGAACAAAUACGACAAACGACCUUUGCAGAGCUUAUUCAAUACUGUCACGACUAUUUUUCUCGACCUUUGAGAGCCGGAACCCCGUCUCGUUCUACAACAGGGACGAUACCACCGCCUAAGGGGAAAUGCUGUCCGCUGCAGCUUCAGCCUUGGGCUGACUGCCUAGCCAGGCAGCAAGAAGUCUAUCACUCUGUUUGCACCUAUUUAGUACCAUCAGGACAGCCUGCUGCACAACUAUUCCCGUCGCGCAAUUUCUUGGAGGGUAUUGGAGAGGAGUUUAGGAAUAGGGCUAUAAGCAGUGAGCAGGAUCUGGAAACCUAUGAGAGAUUUGGGGUAGAGAAUUAUGUUCGUGAUAUUAUUUUGGAGCUCUGCAAGAUACCUGCUGCUCGAGAGGAAUUCCACUUAGGCGAUGGAGUCCGCUUCGACAAUCACGCCAACGCUCUUAGUGUGGAUAAAACUGACCAGUUUCAAACUGAUAAACCGCCAAGUUUCCGACGUUCCCGACCGGAUCAGUAUUGUAUCCACCGUGUUGACAGCGACAAGAAUUCAAUCCUAACGACAGUUGAGUACAAGCCUCCCCAUAAGCUAUCUGUUGAGACUCUUCGAAAGGGAUUGCGGCCGAUGAAGUUCUGGGAUGAGAUAGUUAGACCGGAUUCUAUUCCUACGGAGGAGAGCAAGAAGCUGGACUAUAACGCAGCCUUGCUAACCGGCUCAGCUGUGGUCCAGGAGUAUCAUGUCAUGCUCCAGGAAGGGCUCGAAUAUUCGUACCUGACUAAUGGGCUUGCAUUGGUCCUGCUGUGGGUCCCCUAUAACAACCCAAGCAUCUUGUACUACCAUCUCUGUGAGCCCAACAGGGAAGUGGACGAGAAGAGUAACUUGGAUAUUCUGCAGCGGCCGCUAACAGCCGUCGCCCACGUAUUGUGUUUAUGCCUUAUGAGUUUCCGCUCACGAUACCGUGACCAGGAGUGGCGAAAUAAUGCACAGAAGGUGCCAAAGUGGAAGACAAGUUUCGAUCAUACGCGUUCCCAGAUCCCUGUGUCGGAAUUGCGACAGAACUCACCGAACUCGGAACACGCGUCAUCAAAGUCUACAAGCUCCGAACAUACCUCAUCAGAAUACCUGCCGUCGUCGUCUCCUCCUCCGUCACCCGCCCGGUCUCGAGCUCGCUGUGCGCCGCCGGAUGUCAUACCGCACUACGAUUCUGCGGAUUCUGACGCAGAUCAAGCUCCAGGAGGACGGAAGCGUGGUUUCAGUCAAGUCACAUCAUCUCCUUCCUCUCCAUCUGCCCAACGAUCGGCACGCCAGGCAAGAUCUCGACAUACUCAGAGCAGCGGUCAAGGCCAGCAGCAUGUCGCAGAGUUUUGCACCCAGAAAUGUCUACGUAGCCUGCAGCAGGGUGGCCAGCUAGAUGAUAAUUGCCCAAAUGUCAUGCUCCACCGACAGGGAGGGAACGGCAGCCAACAUCCCAUCGAUGCUGCCACGCUGAUCCAGCAGCUGAAACAUCAAUUAGAUGAAAAUAUCGACCGUGACUGUACCCCUCUGGGGGGCUGUGGCGCAUCGGGAGUACCAUUUAAGGUCACCUGCACUGUGUAUGGAUAUACUGUGAUCGGUAAAGGAACGACUGUUGAACGUUGGGACGAGGUUAAACGGGAAAGAGAGGUGUAUCGUGUACUUCAGCAGGUACAGGGAUCUGCGGUUCCAGUAUUUCUGGGAACAAUCGACUUGGCUAAAUUCUACUUCGUACAUGGAGCCGGCGAGAUCCGCCACAUGCUGAUCAUGGCCUGGGGUGGGAAUCCCAUACGCACGAUAGAGCAUAAUAAGACGAUCGCACAUGAGAUUAAGAGGUCUAAGAAGAAGAUCCGUUCCCUAGGAGUUUUGCACCACGACCUCCGGCCAGACAAUAUUCUGUGGAACGCUGAGCUCGGACGGGCCCUGAUCAUUGACUUUCAUUGCUCCGAACUAAAUUACCGACCUAUGAAAAGGCGGGCGAGGUUGCGUGGGAAGCAUCCGUGUGGAGCAGAGGCGCGCGAGCCAAAACGACUUCGUGCAGUAUAA